GCUAAUUAGAAGGAGGUGGUGGUGUGUGUUAUAGUGCCCACUUAUGUAAAUAUUGACAACAGACCAACUGCCCAUUCUGCAAUAGUAUAUAUGAAUCAAUUCUGUGUAACAUACAUCAUAAAGACAGCUUUGUUGGAAUUUGGAACCAUCUCCUAUACAGAAUGUCAUAUUAUGAUUUGGAUGAGGAAAAAAUAUCUGAACUGAAGACAGUUUUUAGUAGUUUCGAUCAAGAUAAUGAUGGAAUCAUAACUACUAAAGAACUAGGAGCAGUAUUAUUACAACUAGGAAUGAACCCAUCAGAAGCCGAGUUACAUGAUAUGAUAGAUGCAGUAGACUCAGACGGGAGUGGAAGUAUUGAUUUUCCAGAAUUUUUAAGUAUGAUGUCGAGAAAAUUUCAUGAACUUGACAAUGAAGAUAUUAUUCGAGAGACCUUCAAAUUUUUCGACAAAAAUGGAGAUGGUGUUAUAACGGCUAGAGAAUUAAGAAUGGUGAUGUCAAAUUUAGGAGAAAAAAUGACAGACGAUGAAAUAUCUGCAAUGAUUCAUGAGGCGGACAAUAAUGGAGAUGGUGUUAUUGAUUAUGAAGAGUUUUCCAAAGUCAUGACGGCACAGUAAAUAUUUGAAGUUGUUCAUGCAGAAUAUUGAGCACACGUACCACUGUUUACUUUUUAACUUUAAAUCAUGCAAACUACUUCCAUGUUGAUUGCAUUUUCAGACAUCCUUUUGUAAAUAAAAAAUAUUAAUCUAAUAA